CUAAAAGAUCCGGAUAGUGCAAAACCGAAAACACCUUUAAAAGUGAAACCGACGGAAAGUAGCCCUGAACCCGAGGUAGAUGCAACAAUUCCAUUGUCAAAACCGAAGAAAAAAUCAAAAGCAAAACCCGAAGAAUCAGAUGUCGAACCCGAAGAAGAACCAGAAAAUCCUGAUGAUGAGGAGGUUGAACCGGACUCUGUUCCCAAACCUAAGAAACCUAAUGUUAAAUCCGGAAAACCCAAAGGUUCAGCGAUUAAACCCAAAAAUCCUCUCAAAGUUAAAUUAGACAGUCCUGAACCGGAAACUGAUGCCACGUUACCUUUAUUGAAGAAAAAACCGAAAAACAAAAAAGAAGAUGAACCGGAGGAACUGGAUGAGAACUCCGCCCCAGAAAUGAUUACCGAGCCUGAAGACAAUGAAAAUAUACCGCCAAAGAGGAAGCCGAAACAAAAAAAGAAGAAACCGAAACCACAAUGGAUUCCACCGCCUAGACCACCACCGGAACCGUAUGAAAUGCCACCGGAAGAGAAGAAAUUAGCUGAAAUAUUGAAAGAAGAAAAAAUUCCACCGACAAAACGAUAUGCUAGAAAACCGCAACAUUUAGAUGUUUUUAUUCCGUUCGAAAUACCUUGGGAGAAUUUACCUGCACUACAAACACAAGAAGGUAUGGGUGCAUUCGGACAUACACGAGAUACGAAUAUUAAAGUUGAUCAAGGUUCCAAGCAUUUGGUACAG